AUGGCAGACAAAAAAACAUCGUCGAGUAAAAAACCAUCAAAUAUCUCGGAAAAAUAUCGUCAAUUUCCAUUUUCAACACAUCGUAAUGCUGUUACAGAUCAAUAUGAAGUAUCAAAAGAAUCAUUAGGUGUUGGUAUUAAUGGUAAAGUUCUUACUUGUUAUCAUCGUGAAACACGACGUAAAUGUGCAUUAAAAAUUUUAAAGGAUUCAGAUAAAGCUCGGCGUGAAGUUAUUUUACAUAGAAAAGCUUGUGAAGGAUGUGAUUAUAUCGUUAAAGUACUUGAUGUAUAUGAAAAUAUGUAUGCAUCAAAUCGAUGUUUACUUAUAAUUAUGGAAUGUAUGGAAGGUGGAGAGUUAUUUAAUCGUAUUCGAGAACGACAAGAUAAACCAUAUACAGAACGUGAAGCAGCACAUAUUAUUUUGAUGAUUGCUAAAGCUGUAAUACAUUUACAUCAUAUGGAUAUGGCUCAUCGUGAUCUUAAACCUGAAAAUUUACUUUUCACAGAUACAUCUGAUGCUGCUUUAUUGAAAUUAACUGAUUUUGGAUUUGCUAAAGAAGGAAAUAAUGAACAACGUCCAUUAAAUACUCCAUGUUAUACUCCGUACUAUGUUGCACCAGAAAUCUUAUCAAAUGAUAAAUAUGAUAAAGCGUGCGAUAUCUGGUCAAUGGGUGUAAUAAUGUAUAUAUUAUUAUGUGGAUAUCCUCCAUUCUUUUCUACACAUGGUGGUGCUAUUAGUGCUGGAAUGAAAACAAAAAUAAAAGCCGGUGAAUAUCAAUUUCCAAAAUCUGAAUGGAAAAAUGUUUCACAAGAAGCAAAAUCAAUUAUACAAAAAAUGCUUACAGUCGAUCCAGCUACUCGUGUAACUAUUGAUUGGAUUCUUAGAUGUCCAUGGUUUACAGGUACAGUACCUGAAACACCAAUUGAUAUUCGUCCAAUGCUUGAUGCUGAAAAUUAUGAACAAAUGCGUGUUGAGAUUGCUGCAGCUAAUCAUGCUCAACGUCGAGCCGAUGCUGAUGACGAUGAAAAUAUCAAUCAACUUGCACCAGAAAAAUCACGUAUUGCAAAAUUACGCGCUGCGAAACGACACCGACAAGGUGCUAAUGAAAAUGUCUCCGCACCAUUAUCACAAAUCGAUGAAUGA